AUGAGCUCUUUAUCUAAAGAAUCAGAAGUGCCAAGCUAUAAUAGUAACAAUGAUUAUUAUAGUUAUCAUGAUAGUAACUAUGAUAAUCAUAAUUAUAAUAAUGACAAUAAUAACUAUAAUUAUGAUUAUAAUAACAACUAUAAUCACGAUAAUAAUCAUGGUAAUAGCUCUAAUAUUAAUAAUAGUAGUACUAGCAACAAACAAAACAAUAAAGAUAGUGAG